UAAUUCAUAUAUUUAAUUGAAUCGAACUCGAGUCAAACCGAUCAUGAGCUUUUGUCAAUAUUUAGUGACUAGAUUCUAGCCGAACUCGAGCCUAUCUAACUGUUUACGAGCCGAAUUUCGAAUUUGAAAUUGAAAGGCCGUCGAACUCGAAUCCAAGCCCCGAACUUUUCGAUUGAGCUCGAGCCGGAGCAGUCCGGCAGUAUUCGACUCGGCAUUACACCCCUACAGUGGUCUAACAGAGAACCAUCGAUCCGAUGGCCAAUAUCAAGAGAUAUAUUGUUGAAGUUGAGCCGGGCAAGCCGGCGAUGGGACCGGUUUACCGGAGCACCUUCGGCGUCGAGCCUCAUAUUCCUGGAAUGGAGAGCUGCUGGGACAUUUUUCGCAUGUCGGUGGAAAAGUAUCCUGAUAAUCCAAUGCUUGGUCACCGUGAGAUUGUGGACGGGAAGCAUGGAGAUUAUGUGUGGCUUACGUACAAACAAGUGUAUGACAUGGUGAUGAAAGUUGGGAAUGCCAUUCGCAGUUGUGGUGUUGAAAAGGGAGGAAGAUGCGGUAUAUAUGGUGCCAAUUCCGAGGGGUGGAUUAUUAGCAUGGAGGCUUGUAAUGCUCAGGGUUUAUACUGUGUUCCUUUGUAUGACACCUUAGGUGCCAGUGCUGUGGAAUUUGUCAUUUGCCAUGCUGAGGUUUCUAUUGUUUUUUCUGAAGAAAAAAAGAUUACUGAGGUGUUUAAAACAUUUCCUAAGACAGCAGAGUACAUGAAAACAAUUGUAAGCUUUGGAAAAGUUACUUCGGAACAACGGGAAGAAGCUGCGAAGCUGGGUGUAGCAAUAUAUUCUUGGAAUGAAUUCUUAGUGUUGGGAGAUGGUAAACGUUAUGAGCUUCCUGUGAAAAAGAAGAGUGACAUAUGUACGAUAAUGUACACAAGUGGAACUACAGGUGAUCCUAAGGGUGUCUUAAUUUCCAACAACAGCAUUGUUACCAUUGUAGCUGCGGUAAAUCGCUUCCUACAGGGUGUGAAUGAACCUGAAAGUAUCCACCAGUUCUACACCUGCACCAUCUUUUUUGCUGUAGUGUCUCUUGUUCAUUACUCACUGGGCAUGAAUUCUCUCCAUUUGAUUCUGAUCCACAACCAACUAUAGUGCAUUAGAAGGGAAGUAAAUUUGUAGUUUCAGAUUCUGCUACAGUUGUCUCACAAUACAAGUCUCUUUUGAAAAAAUUACGCAUAUUAAGAAAGCAUUAAUUGGAUAAUAUUUUCUCACUUGUACCCUUAAUAAAUACAUAAAUGUCGACACUUACUCAACCCUCAUUAAUUGUUAUACAACUUUCAAGAAGGGUAAUUUUGGAAUAUUGCUAAUAUAUUUGUAUUGGAAACUAAAAGUAGACAAGUAUUAUGGGACAAAAAUUUCUUCCAAAAGAGACUUGUAUUGUGGGACGGAUGGAGUAUUUGUACUGAUAGUUAUGAAUUAUAGUAAUAGUUGGUAACUAAUAUGUACAAUUGUAGGUUUGACACAGAAGAUAUCUUCAGGCGGUUUCUUAAAGAAUAUCUUGUUUAAUGCUGCGUACUCAUUGUUAAGCAAGGCUUGGGAGGUAAAGUAAGGCUCAUUUUAUCUGGGGCAGCUCCUCUGGAAAAUCAUGUAGAAUCUUACCUGAAAGUGGUGACGUGCUCCCAUGUUCUUCAGGGAUAUGGCCUCACAGAAACAUGCGCAGGGUCAUUUGUGUCAAUACCAAAUGAGCAGACUAUGCUGGGUACAGUAGGCCUCCCAGUACCUAAUGUGGACGCACGUCUAGAAUCUGUGCCAGAAAUGGGUUAUGAUGCUCUUUCAAGCACUCCACGUGGAGAAAUAUGCAUAAGAGGGGAGACUUUAUAUUCAGGAUAUUACAAAUGAGAAGACCUCACAAAAGAGGUCUUGGUUGAUGGAUGGUUCCAUACAGGGGAUAUUGGUGAGUGGCAACCAAAUGGAGCUAUGGAAAUAGUUGACCGCAAGAAGAACAUAUUCAAGCUUGCACAAGGAGAAUAUGUGGCAGUAGAAAAUUUUGAGAAUAUAUAUGGUCUUGUUGCUGCCAUUGACUUGAUAUGGGUAUAUGGGAAUAGCUUCGAGUCUUACCUUGUUGCUGUAGUGAACCUGAAUAUGCAAGCAAUUGGGAGUUGGUCUAAUGAAAAUGGUCUAGCUGGGGAUUUUCAUUCCCUUUGUUAAAAUGAGAAGGUGAAACAAUAUAUACUUGGAGAGCUAUCAAAGAUUGGAAAAGAGAAAAAGUUGAAAGGAUUUGAAAUCAUCAGGGCUGUUCACCUAGACCCUGUCCCAUUUGACAUGGAUCGCGACCUGAUCACUCCUACAUUUAAGAAGAAAAGGCCGCAGAUGCUUAAAUAUUAUCAGAAUAUCGUUGACAGUAUGUACAAGAAGAAGUAAUUUCUCUGCCCAGGGGCACGGUGUUAACAUCCCUUUAUUGCUUGCAGACUGUACAGAUCCUUCGCUUCUAUGUCCAGUAAUCAGACUAAAUCAGAAAUUGUACAAUUCAAUGUUGUACUUUUACUUGAUAAGAACAAUGUGAGGUACUUUAAUAUUUUCAAGAGUUGUGGGUGCUAAGGUACCUGCAUGAUUGCAUGAUGUAAACAUGUGGUGAGUUGAAAUUUAUUUUUUACAGGGUAAGAUGCAAAAUGGUUUGCUGGUGAUGAUUUUAAA